AUUUUCGCAUAUAAAACCGUUCACUGCCAUUCAACUGCUGGGCAGUUCAUAAAAAUCGGCAUUAGUUGAAACAUCAAUUUUCUCUCCCACAUUUCGAGACACACAGACACUAGCUGUGAAAGCUUAAACCUGAAGAGUGAACAUUUCGAGAGAAUAAAAGAAAAGAGGCCCAAUUCAUUGUUUUGGUGAUUUUUUUCUUGUUGUUGAUUUAAAAGGACUGUUUGCAAUCACAAAAUGUACAAGAUUUUCACCAUAUUUAUUGCUGUUAUCGUAACAUCGUGUCUAGCACAACGGCCGCUUCGAUUUCGGAAUAAAAGAAUUCCAUAUGAAGACGACGAUUACCGUGAUAACAAUGGGGAUUACGAUGAUGAUCGUCCAAAUGAUUUGAACAAUAUGCGGCCGUAUGAUCAUCACAAUGGCAAUCGAUUUAAUCAUGAAAUGAAUCGGCAAACACAAUUCGAUGUUGGCGGUGGUCGUGAUCCACCAAUGGAAUAUGGUUUCCGAGGCUUUAGCGGUCAUCCAGCACGACCAUUUCCACAUCAACUUCAACCACAAACAGCUCAACAGCCACAACAGCAGCUACAACCACAACAACAACAACAGCAACUACAACCAGUUCAGGCUCAACCAAUUGGAGCCGGCUAUGACGGACGUGCUGGUCAAUUCGGCUACAAUCCAUACGGACAAUACACCUACAAUCCAUACGGUUGGAAUCGUCCUGGCUACUACGGCUGGAAUAGACCAGCAAGUGGUGAUGCUUGGCGAGGUACUAGCAGCUUUGGACUUGGUUUCCCAUUCAAUUUGCUCGGAUUAGGUGGUGGCGGUAGCAGCGCAUAUCGACCUUGGUGGAGCGCCACACGCUUUCCCUUUGGACUUUUCUAAUACCCAUCCAAUUGAUUUAUUGUUGCAAUAUAAACGCCUGUAGAUACAAUAUUUAACGAAAAUAAAAUGCGAAAUGAUGCUCUAAUUAUAAGAAAAGACAUUUUUCUCCUUCUUC